AUGCGCCAAUUACCGAUAACAACAACAGCCCAUCAAUUUAAGAAGUAUCGACGCAGUUCUAUACCUUUAGUUAAGAUCAAGAUGUUGCCACAGCUUUGCUUUGUGUUGUGGCUGCUCAACCUAGGAGCUGCCUAUGAAGUUCCAAAAGCCAAUAUAGAAGUGUUCUAUCCCAAAGGGUUUCAAGUAUCAAUACCACAUGACAAAGGUAUUACUUUGUUUGCCUUUCACGGCAAACUCAAUGAGGAAAUGGAAGGUCUGGAAGCUGGCACUUGGGCACGUGAUAUUGUUAUGGUAAAAAAUGGAGGCUGGACUUUCAGAGAUCGUGUGACAAGGCUUAAGCCGGGCGACAUAUUAUACUACUGGACAUAUGUUAUCUACAAAGGAUUAGGGUAUCGCGAGUAUGACGGUGUCUUUGAAGUACAAACGUAUAGCAAUAACACUCAAGUCAACGAAAGCACAGCAAAAAAGCCAGAUAGAGAUAUAGUAAUGGCAGAUGUUGCCUACGUAGUGCCCAAAGCAAAGAUAGAAGUUUUCUAUCCUAAAGGGUUUCAAGUAUCGAUACCACAUGAAGAGGGCAUUACAUUAUUUGCCUUUCACGGCAAACUCAAUGAGGAAAUGGAAGGUCUGGAAGCUGGCAGCUGGGCGCGAGAUAUUGUUAUGGUAAAAAAUGGAAGGUGGACAUUCAGAGAUCGUGAGACCAGGCUCAAACAGGGCGACGUAUUAUACUACUGGACAUAUGCUAUCUAUAAAGGAUUAGGAUAUCGCGAAGAUGCUGGUAUCUAUACAGUGCAGGAGUAUAGCAAUAACACUGCUGGCAUCGAAAACUCAACAAAAAAGUCAAACAGAGAUAGAGUAACAACAGAAGCUGCCUAUAAGGUGCCCAAGGCAAAGAUUGAACUUUUCUAUCCGAAAGGGUUUGAAGUAUCUAUACCACAUGAGGAGGGCAUUACAUUAUUUGCCUUUCACGGCAAACUAAAUGAGGAAAUGGAAGGUCUGGAAGCUGGCACUUGGGCACGUGAUAUUGUUAUGGUAAAAAAUGGACGGUGGACUUUCAUAGAUCGUGUGACAAUGCUUAAGCCGGGCGACAUAUUAUACUACUGGACAUAUGUUAUCUACAAAGGAUUAGGCUAUCGUGAAGAUGACGGUGUCUUUGAAGUACAAACGUAUAGCAAUAACACAGGUGGCGGCGAAAGCACAGAAAAAAAGCCAGAUAGAGAUAUAGUAAUGGCAGAUGUUGCCUACGUAGUGCCCAAAGCAAAGAUUGAAGUUUUCUAUCCCAAAGGGUUUGAAGUAUCUAUACCACAUGAGGAGGGCAUUACAUUAUUUGCUUUUCAUGGCAAACUUAAUGAGGAAAUGGAAGGUCUGGAAGCUGGCACCUGGGCGCGUGAUAUUGUGAUGGUGAAAAAUGGCCGAUGGACUUUCAGAGAUCACAAAACUUUACUCAAGCCGGGCGACGUAUUAUACUAUUGGACAUAUGUUAUCUACAAAAGACUAGGCUAUCGCGAAGAUAAUGGUGUAUAUGCAGUGGAGCAGUACAGGAUCACAACAAAUAAACCGGAUAGAGUAAUACCAACGACGGUGGAUUCAAAUAAUGUUUUAUGUUUUAACAUACCUUUAUAA